AUGCCCUCCACCGUCGCGCCAAUGCGGCUCACCACGGCGUCCAUCAGCCCGGCGCAACCCUCGGCGCCGUCUGUGACGAAUACAACGGCCACGGCGGUUUCGCCUUCGUCGUUUACGAGCCAGUCGCCGGGCAGCAGCCAUUAUACCCACGACAAUAGCAACGGUACUACCAACGGCAAUGGCAAUAACAACGAACGACCGAGGCGUGCCAGCUUGUUCUCGUUCUUCUGGUCGGGGUCGUCAGGGAGGUCGCCGGCUAGUGUGAAGCAGAAUCAGGAGCAGAGUACGUUGGAGGAUGGACGGGAGAAUGCGCGACGGAACGGCUACCAGCCCGUGAGCUCGCCGUCGGUUGCGUCGUCGUCGGUGUCGGUAUCUGUCUCGACCUCGACGGCUUCGCCGGGGUAUCAGCUUAGUUCUCAGGGUGUGUUUUCACAGCAGCAGCAGCAUCAGCAACAGCAGCAGCAUCAGCAACAGCAGCAGCAUCAGCAACAACCACAGCAACAGCAUCCUCCUACGCCAAGCAUCGCCGCAUCGACUACCCCCUCAACAACAACCACCACCACCACAACAACAACAACCGCCCCAAGCAGCAGCGCCUCCCACCGAACAACCACCACCCAGCCUCCUCCCUCUUCCCACACAGCCUUCUCCUCUCCCCCGCUCAUCCCCCACCAACCCCAACUCCAGCCUUUACCUCUUCACCCUCACCCCCCGAGCCAACCCCACCCCCCAGCGAGCACCACCACCACCUCCCACCUCCCCCCCACCCCCUCAACCCUCAGCACCCCCUCCGAAAUCGACCAAGCCCGCUCCGCCGUCCUCGCCAGCAUAGGCAACCUAGUGGACCGGGAACUCAGCACCCGCGCCACACAACUGCACGCCAACAACGCCGCCAUCGAGCGACAGGAGCGGGAGUUAGGUAGGGCGACGGCCGGGUUGAAGAGGGAGAAUGAUAAGUUGGCACGGCUUGCUGAGACGCAUACGAGGAAGGUGAAGGAGAUUGGGAACGUGCAGAAUUGGGCGGAGAUGUUGGAGAGGGAGUUUGUUAUUUUGGAGGAGACGCUAAGGUUGGUGGGGAAGAGGGGGGAUAAGGGGGAGGGGGAUAGCGGGAAUGGAAGCGAGGGGGGGAGUGAAGGGGGGAGUGGGAGUGGGAGUGGGAGUGAAUGGGAUAGUGGGAGUGAUGAUGGGGAGCGAGAUGGGGGCGAUGGUCGGGAUGAAGAGGGGGAAGUUGAGACGCCAGGGAGGGAAGAAGACAACGAAGAUGCGGCCAGAGACAGUAAGGUCAAAGGAAAACAGCCCGAACGGAGGGACAGAGACGGGGAUGUGUUGAUGACAGACCGGCCAGAGACUGUUCCAUUGCCAGAGCUAGUACCAGGGGAGGAUAUCUGA